GAGACUUGCGUAUAUCCGGACAUGCGCAGUGCAGGCCCUCAAACAGCCCUUUUUAUGCCUAGCGUUGAACGACUAGCAUCAAACGAGCAUCAUCAUGCAGCUCUUCUUGCGUGCCCAGAACACUCACACCCUUGAGGUGACCGGAGAGGAGACCGUUGGCCAGAUCAAGGCUCAUGUCCAGUCUCUGGAGGGUCUCCUGGUCGAGGAUCAGGUGCUGCUGCUUGCCGGAUGCCCACUGGAGAAUGAUGCCUCUCUGGCAUCUUGUGGUGUCUCAGAGCACUGCACCCUGGAGGUAGCUGGCAGGCUGCUGGGAGGUAAAGUCCACGGUUCUCUGGCCCGUGCCGGAAAAGUGAGGGGACAGACUCCCAAGGUUGACAAGCAGGAGAAGAAGAAAAAGAAGACCGGCCGCGCCAAGCGUCGCAUCCAGUACAACAGGCGCUUCGUGAACGUUGUUCCCACCUUCGGAAAGAAGAAGGGACCCAACGCCAACUCCUAAGAGCUUCGAAGGAGUCGCAGCAUCACAUCCCAUCAGUUUUUACCAGGUUAAAUGUUAUCCUGUACAGAAUAAAAGAAGUUUGGCUUGGUCUACA